AUGGAUGAAGCAAUAAUGAGACUAGAAGGUGCUGAGCACAGAGAAACCAACAACCAUUCUCUGAAGAGAAAGCCAUCAAGAACUUCCUCCACCGCUCCAUACUCUCCCGGAGGUGCAAAAUCUGCCCCCGGAGCUGGCGCUUCAGGUGGCAACCCCAUCAGGUACCGAGGCGUGAGGCGUAGGCCAUGGGGUCGUUACGCUGCUGAAAUACGCGACCCGAUGUCCAAGGAGAGACGUUGGCUGGGAACAUUUGACACUGCUGAGGAAGCAGCUUGCGCUUACGACUGUGCUGCUCGAGCCAUGCGUGGUCAUAAAGCUCGAACCAACUUCGUCUACCCAAUACCUUCAUUUGACUCUUACCACCAUCGUAUUUUCUCGUCUCCUCCGAUGAACAUGUUCCUUCGACGCGACGUUUUGAACUCUCAGUCUCUUUCUCCUUUCGCUUAUCCACUCUCUAACGUAACCGGCCCCGUUUACGAUUCAUUCGCUAAUGUUAACGAUGUCUCUGAAGAUCACUCGCCUAAAGCGAAGAGGUUAAGUACCAUUGAUGACAACGAGAGCAUGAUAUCAAUCCUCGAACCAGAACAAGCUGGGUCUGGUCUUCUUCAAGAAAUUGUUCAAGGCUUCUUGCCCAAACCUAUCCCUCAACAAGCUGCUCCACUUCCAACGACCAUUGGUGGUUUCCCGACAAUGCUAGAGACUAGUUUUCAGACAGAUCUUUGUUUUCCUGACCAGGUCAGUGUUGAAGGUAAUGGAUUUGGUCAGGUUAAAUAUCAUGGAGAGCUGGGAUGGGUUGAUCAUGAGGGUGGGUUUGAUUCAGCUAAGAUGCAUCAGAAUGGAAAUGCCGGAAUGUUUUAUCAGUAUUGCUUUAAUGAUUACUAA